AUGAAAGGUUAUGAUCCCGGUCCUUGUAAAAGGAAAACUCAUGGUAAAGAAGUAUUGGUAAAAAAUAGAGCUGAUGAAGAAAAGAUCGUCAUCUGUGUGAAGGAUAAGGGUGCUUACGAAUGGAAAUCUACGGAUGGUUAGCUAUAAUUUUAUUAAAGAUAGAACCAUCUUGUAUAUAGGUUUACAUAGUGAUAAAUAUAAUGGAAUAAGCGGACCAAUGCUUGCAGAUCCAUGUAAGCUUAUGACAAGAAGGAAAAAUUUAAACUGGUUUACCAAAGUAGAUAUAUAGUUGAUAUUAUAGCAUGAGAUGCAAGAUUGGCAGGCAAUACACCCUUCCGGAUGGUGUUCGGUCAUUUAUAUAUUGCUACAGGUGACACAGUUACGAAAUGAUAGAGUUAAAAUAGAUAAUCUAAAAGAUCUUUAUAUAUAAUUAGGUCAUUAGCAACAAGAUAAAGGGCUCCAAAGCCGAGAUUUUAAUCAUGAAAGUACUCAGUUUUGGCUCUAUAGCUAAGCCCGAGUAGUUUCCGGAAGGAUCUAUUAAGAAGACUUGAUCGAGUGAGGUAUCUUUUGUCGGCGGAUGAUUUUUUGUGUGUUUUGCCAGUCAGCAACUGGAUAAUUUGCAUAUGCUACCAAACGAAUUUAGUGUCAAUAUUAGUGAGAUUGAUGAGCACGAGCUAAGGACAGAUUUACAAAAUCUUGGUCGAAUUUCGAUUAAACUCAUUGGGUGAGAAAUUAAAGCCAGAAUCAGCCAACAAGUGUCUGGUUUUUCCUGACCGACUAAGACCAGAUAAAUGCAUAGGUGUAGCACACCAUAAUUAUUGCUUCAUUUUUGCCAGCAAAAUAUACUUCAUUUACAAAAACAUAUUAACAGUGCUCUGACCAGCAUUAUACUGCAUGUGGAUGUUAUUUACAUCUUUAUUCAAAAGGUUCACAAAAUACAGUUGGUGAAUAUUUCAACCCUGGUUAUGAUUGCUCUGACAUUUUGAACAAACGUCAAGAUGCUAAAGAUGGAUUUUACUGGAUAACUUUAAAAUUGUCGAAACCAAAAAGGGUAAAAAUAUUUUUAUAGUUAUUGUAUAAGAAAAUUGCUAAACCAUUCAUUGGAUUGUUUAGUAUCAUACAAAAGAACUCGCUAUAUAUCAUCCAUUCAAAGACUAAAGUAUUUUUAACGUAUUCAAAAUAUUUUCAAGUUACAUAAACGACAUUUGCUUGAUAUAAAAACUGAUCAUGAAUAUUCUCUCUGGAUUCAAAAAUAGUUAAUUAAUUUCGAAAAGUUAUAUCCAAUAUUAUUUUGAGAUCAGUGUAUUACGUCAUCUUUAGGCGUGGUGUGACAUGACCACAGACGGCGGGGGGUUCAUUUUGAUUGGCAGAAAAAACAACUCAAUCACGUGGUCAGUUCCAUCCAAUGACAUUCCAGUUGAACCAUACGGUGAUCCUCAUUGGUCGAGCACUUUUGGUGAUGCACCAAUCUUGGACUUUAGAGUCCAGAUGGCUACGAAGGAAGAUUUUAAAUCCACUGUAGCACACUGGUGGGUAAAAACAGCAUAUAUUUGAAAAAUAAGAAUCUAAUAUAAUAUAAUAUACUAACUGAUUAUUUUCUGAAUAUAAUGUAAUUUUAAAGCUUAAUUAAGAAUUCUUUUUGGAAAACUAUCCGAUCCGUUUAUGUGCAAUCCCAUUAUGUAAACGUCUUUGCAAAUAGAACUUGGACAUUGAGAUUAAAAAAAAAAUGGUGGCAAUAAGUCCGGAUAAUUGCAUGUCUGUAGUGGCGAGCUAGCCAUAGCAGCAAGUCAAGCUAUGCAAAUUUUUGCAUGAUUUGCAUUAUUCAAACCUUUAGAAAUGUCUUUUACCUGAUGAAGGUUUAUAGCCUCACUACUGCUUUUCGGUCAUGUGAUUACAGUUGAAAGCUAGCGUGAGUGAAGUCUAUAUUCUCUUCAAAAUUGCAUAUAUAUCGUCAGGAUAUUUUUAGGUUAUCUAUACAAACUUUUCUAAACUCAUUAAUAAUUAAUGCACAGCUAGCAAGCUUGGAAAAGUACUCAUAAAAGCCGAAUAAUUUAAAUUAAACCAAUUUCUUCCUAAAAUGCUGUUAUCUGUUAAUCUGAUUUACAAACAUUACGAAAUUAGUCGAAAAUCCUGGCUGUUUAUAUCCUCUCGAUUUCAACCCAUUUUCUUCCUGUUUAGCAAUAGAUAGUUAAAUUAUUUCUCUUGUAUUAUGUUUACUUGCCACGAUAAACUUAGGCCAUGUGUAUGUGUAGGUCAUUUAGAUUGCAGUCAACACGUCCAUUGAAAAAAUUAUUGAUGACAACAGACGGAUGUGAUCAAAGAUCUGCUGGAAUUGGAAACAUUGCCUACGUCAAAGAUCUUCAAACUGAACGUAUUGUUACAACUACAUUGCGAUGUUCAAAAUUUGGUUUUGCGCAUCAUUCUUCAUCACCAUUUGGAUGGGUUUGUAUUUUCCACUAUUCGAAAUUUUAUAUUGAUCUUUUCAAUCUUUUUCUUCUACAGUUGCUCACCCAUUUUAACGAUGACUAGGGUUUGUUACAAGAUUACGAUGUUCUAGUUAACACUUUGCAUUAGGAAAUGACCAUGCAUACUACUAUCAGUGAUUUUACUUGAUUUCUUGCAUUAUCUCAGAUGAUUUGUCUUCGUUCUAUAUCUUGAAAUGCUCGAUGUUUUUCAUGCUGGACCGAAUAGUUUCUCUUCUAUAACUGUCGAUUUUGAGUUUCUAUGUGCUGUGGAUGUUCAGUCGUAGCUUUUUACUAAAUAAGGAAAUAUACCAGGAAAAGACGUUUUGUUUACAAAUGAAGAUGUUACAAGAGUAGAGUAAAACAUUUUGUACAACUCCUAUUGAAGAACUGCCUUCAUGGGCUACUUGUUGCAGAAUUGAUUUGUAUAUGAUGUUGACUGUGUUCGAAUUACUUACCCUUCUUUUAAAUGAAUAAAUAAAUCAAAUAAGAUGUGAUUGUAUUGUAUAAAUACGGCGUAUAUUAUAGUGACCUGUAUUUUUUCAGCCAAAGAUGAAUUCAUGUUUGGCAAAGUCAUGUCCAUGGGGUUUUGCUUAUCUUGUGGCCGGCAAAUAUAAACAUCACAUUGAUCACUAUGGAGCUUUCAGGUACAAUGAAAACUCAAUUUUCCCACCUAUGUAACGAAUUGGUGUUUUUCAGUCAGCAUUGCGCACGUAAUUAAUAUACCAGUUGGUCACUUUUUUGCACCCGUUUUAAGCCAGAGCAAAGAUGUUUGUGAGAUCAGAAAGCUGCGGUUUCAUGAGAAUAAUUAUAACUACCGGAAAAUACAAGAUUUGCUUGUACUUUUAAGGUCGUUGUAUCCCUAUCAAUCCGCAACUUUCUUUUACAAACUCAUCAGACCAUAUUCUUUUGUAUUUUGUCGGUUUUUAACUCCUCCGUAAUAAUCUUCUAUCUAAAAGCAGGCGGUGGUAUUUGAUUUCUCAAGGGGAAUUACGGGGUUGAAGGUUAUUACCGAAAAAUAAUAACUGGGUAGCAAGUUAUUAUUUUUUCGUAAUAACCGGGUAGCAGGUUAAUUACGAAAAAAUAACCGGUUCCAGGUUUUGCAUUUUCAAUUUAAGGAGGCUCCCUACAGUUGCGUGCGAGAUGUUCGCGGGACAAGUACGUGAACUAUCCCACGCAACUGCAUGAUCAAAACAAAACAAAAAUUGACCAUGUUUUUUUUUUUAAAUAAAGCUAUUUCUGAAAGGUUUCUAAUGGAAAAAAGCGUUGAAUAAUACUUCGUUUUGAGUGCCAAAUCACUUGCGAGUCUAUACAGCAAUUCUACAUAUGAUACGAAUGUCACCAGAUCAAAAAAUAGCUCAUCGCCAGAAAUUUAAGACAUUGAGCCCGCGAUGCGUCAGCGGAAAUCAAUGAAAGGUAAACACUAUCAACUAGUAUUUUACAUUAGGAGUGCCAAAAAGCUCUAUAGAACGCAUUUAAAAUUUAAGAUUCUAAUUUUGUACUCAUGGAUUCUUUUUACUACCAUUCUAAGGAAGGUAAUGACAAAAAAUGAAAACAGUUGGCCAUCGGGAACUUGUUCCAUUCGGAAGGCUGAUUUUGACAACUUCGUCUUAUAUAAAGCAUUUAAAAAUAGCUUUGAAAUCCCACAAAACCCCGAUUUUGACGCACAAUUGUUCAAAUCAAGCACUCUAUUAUGAAUUUGUACUCACGGAAUUUUAAAAUUCAAAGUUACCUCUACCAAAAUACAAGUAUUCCCUAUAAGAAAAAAUGUAGGGAACUUGUUCCAAAAUCCAGUUGAAAGUACGAAAUAUUUGUGCUUUUGCAAGCCCAUAUUCUCAUAUUACAUUGGUAUGUAGUGCUGCGCGAGAAUCGAUAAUACAAACCGAUUUUUCGCGAGCAAAGACUCCCCGAAUAUAGUUGAAAAGCAUAUCAAAAUUGUCCUCGAAAGAUGCAGUUUCUCGGUAUAACAGUCAUUGUUAGCAGCGGUAUAUUUGUGGCCGGAAAAUUACGAACGAACUCGGGAGCCGUCGUGAAAUAUAUUACCAUUUCGCGGGCCCGUGAAACGCGAAAUAUGUAAAUACGAUUCCACAACCUCGAGAGGUUGACGGCUUUGUAUUUUCAUAUCUUCGGUUCGGUGCAUGCUAUGGAGAUAGAAAUACAACGAUUCGAUUCAGAAAUAAAAGAUCAACAUAAUUACUCACGAAAGUUAUAGUCAAAUAUCAACAUUGUAGCGAUUUAUGGGCCUUGGAAGUCAAACGAGAUCAUACUAUCAAAUUACGCAAUUGUCUGAACAAAUAUAUAGAUUAGCCAUACCUUUCGCCGAAAGUAACUUCGGCCCCUUCGAACAUAUCGUCUUUGUAAUAGUCUUGUUCGAAUCCCAGUCAAAAACACUAUUUGGAGUGUUAUUUGCAAGUCUGUAUCUUCAAAUUUGCAUCUCCUAUCCACUAAUCAUUAUCACGGUAUUUCUUGUUAUAUGCUGAAGGACCGCUGUAUUGCGCGCCGGCUCAAAUGUCUUAAAUUUCUGGCGAUGACGAAACAAUAUUUUUUAUUUUUUUAUACACUGUCAACUGACUCAACUGUAAAACAUUUGCAAAAUUGCAUACAAACGUUUAAAAAGUUGUUUACUUCUCAUGAAAACGUUCACGUUUUUAGUCGUGUUUCUACAAGGUUAAAGUGAUUAUAUGUAAACAGAAAAAUAUUUCAGUUUCAUAGCCUAAUUGUUCAUUUUUAGCAAAAAGUACAAAACCAAACAUGAAACAAAAAACACGUCCACCUGUUAGUAGGCUGUUACAGCUCACAGAUUGAGUAAACGGCAGGAUUCAAUUAGCUUCAACCUUGUUUUCAUCGAUUUAAUCCUUCACAAUAAUCCAUGGCUGUCCUUGGCACUCAAAUAAAUCGAAAAGUUGAGAAAAGCAAAACAGUAAAAACAACAUUGCUGCUCAAUUUUGCUGAAUGAAAACUCGUUCUGCGCCCGCGUACAAUCUUUUACUAGUCAGCGACGCUUUUCAAUGAGGGGAAUUUCUCGAAUUACACGAGGCUAUUUUCUAACUUUAUUUCUAUUUUACUCAUUAGUUUCAUCAGUGACCUAUCUUCAAAUUUUGACCACGAAUUUAUUUUGCGGUAAAUUUUAUAGAUUUCAAAUUUUAAAAAAAUCUGUAGUGUGGAAAUUUCGCAAUAAAUUUUUCGCUUUUAAAAAAAUCACACACUACAGAAUUUUUUUAAACUUUCACCACAGUUGCAGAGCAUCAUUCCCUAUUGAUAUAUGAAAUAAAAAAGAUAGGUCACCGACAUCGUUUUUGAGAUAGCGGCACAUUUAUGGGUUAAAUUGGAAGGCUUUAUGCUGUCGUCAUGUUGCCAUGGGAACAUUGACAUUGUCGAAAUUUAGUUCGAAAUAUUCCUUAGGUGACCAAUAUUGCCACCAAGUCGAAAAGAAUUCGCGUUCUGCACGAAUAAGCCUGUUUUACGGAAUUAUUGCUUAAACAAGAAUAACUGUAGGGAGCCACCUUAAAACCUGGCCAUAAGUCUUGAAUUCGGGACUUGAAUUUGCAGGAAAACUCAAGACCCACAUCUCCAUUUCAACUAGAAAACGCUGCACGUCUCUAAGUCGAGAAAGAGACAACAGCCGUGUACCUCAGAGCCCGUCAAAACUCUACCGCCAGGUGGGAGUAUUUAUCAUUCCCGAAUGAUAAAUACUCCCAAUAACUCCGAAUGAUAAAUACUCCCGAACGAGGACUAGCUGGAUCAACCAUCAAACUUGCUUGUGCAGGGAAUUUAUACAGUAAUAUCUGCUCUUUCGCUUGGCUUUUAACCUACAUGUAAUAUUUCAAAUCCGACCGUGAGGACUUGGACUAGAUUUCAAGUCUGCGCAAUUUGAUCAAGCCUGAAGCAAAGCCGAGGACAUGGUCAGGAUCAAAAUGCGAGGAUCGGACUUGAAAUCUAUAGUCCAGUCCGAAUUAGAGGUUUGGCAUCUCAAACAAAUAAAUCAAUACCUAAAGUGAUGCGAAUUAAUUUUGAUCCAGUCCUUGGAUCAAUAUACUUCACCAGGUAUCCAGUGUUAUCAUGUGAGCAAAAUAAAGCAAUAUGGUUGUCUAAUUUAUUAAUGAGUUUGAGAUAUGAUGCUGGCAUAGACCGUUAAAGAUUAUAAAUGAUCAACCUCGUACCCAGGGUCUUUCCUCUUGGGGAGCAAAGACGCUGGUCACGUGAUCUGCUAAAAUCCAGCAGAUUUCUAAUUAACUAUCUUGCAAUUAUAUGUUGCAAUGUUGCAAUUAUAGUGAUAAAAUGCAAAUUAUACAUAAUUAUAAAUUAAACUAUCAAAAUAAUCCAAAUAACAAAUGUUUAUUGACCUGAUCUUGGAUUGCUAACUAAAAAUCUGCUAGAUUUUAGCAGAUCACGUGACCAGCGUCUACCAGGGUCUUUGCUCCACAAGAGGAAAGUCCCUGGGUACGAGGUUGAUAAAUGAUAUGAUUUCAAUAGCAUUUAUUUUUUCAUCAGUUACAGCACAACAGGAAAUAUAUCAGGAAUGGAAUAUAGCGCAACGGCUUUUGUUGGAUGUGAUAAUCAAGUUGUAAGUACAGUAUUAUGCUAUGAUCUCAUUUCAUUAAAUCUAAUUUGCAAUGUUUGCCAGUAAGCCUGUUAGAAAAUUAGAAAAUUAGUAUAGUAGAUCGACUGAAAAUUUUCGUCGAUUUGUGCAAAACCAAAACGCUAGCACGACAUUUGUCUCUGAUCUUUUUUCUAAUACAAAUUUGUUACAUUACAUCAAUCACUAUAUUUUAGUGCUGUGCUUGUUACGGACCUUUGGGAGGUAAAAAUAACUAUUGCGCCCAAAACUGUAAAGCAAUUAACGGCGGCACCGUUACAAAGAACGUGUUCACGUGGUUUUGGGUAAGGUCCAGUCUUCCCAAAAGAUUGUGGAAGAAAUGUAUGGAGUAUGAAGUGAAAAGAAAAGAUGGAAAGAUGAUCUGGUACAAGCUGGUUGGCCACAGUAUUGUUCCAGUACAGGUAGGAAAAAAUUUUGAGAGGUUUUGUCAUGUUAUAUAAAACAGGUUUAAAGCCGUUUAGGUAUUUGCAUAGCUUCAUUUGUACCUGCAUGAAUUUAGCUGAGGUAUCACGCAUGGCAAUGAUGUCGUGGUUUGACUCUACUAAACACUGAAGGUUUUCUCCUCUUAUUGUGACACUAUAGACCACUAAGGUGAAUGAUUACAUCUGAUAAAGCAAGAUCCAGUACAAAAGAUCACCCUAGCUUAGUUUAAUGCAGCAACUUAAAUAUUUUUAGGUUAAGAAUAAUUUCUUCUUAAAUGAGCAACUUUUUCACACAAUAAGUUUUUAAACUUUUUUCAAAGGGUCGUUGCAGCAAGCAAACCGCACUUCUGCAUGAUGGAGUAAGUAUGCCAAACCACUGUGAAAUAAGAAUCGAGUAAGAAAUGAAACUACAUAUUAUACAGGUUGGACACUACAAUGCAAUGAAUAUACAUUUGUUGUACAAAUUGUAUUUGUUAUAGGAAAUUAGUUUAGUAAAUAAUUUGGGAAAUUAUUUAAAAGGAAUCAAAUAGAAUUGUAUUCAUGAAACAGAAUUAUUAGAUGAUAGUAUUAAGAAUUCACAAUUUCUAAAUAAUUGGGUAAAAGCCGACGUUGUAAUCGCAAUAUCAACUGAAUGGCUGACAUAAUGUGGAGCUGUGACGUCAAUUACGUGAUAUUAUGAGUGUGAUAUAGUCAUAUAGAUAAUUAUUGCACGAUAACGUAUGCUAUUGACACAAUGUGCAAACACAAACAAAAACAAAAUGGCGUCACCUAUACAAAUUUGGGUAAACUUGAUAAUUACAGUAAUUAAAUAGAGAAUAAUACAUGGAUGCGCGGAAACACCAGAUUUAUUCCAAGUGUUGAACAUGAUAUCAUGUUCGACACGAGAAAUAAAUCUGGUAUUUCCAAGCAGCCAUGUAUUUUUCUGUUUAUUAUAUAUAUAAAGGACAGUCUUUGAAAAGCGAUAAUUUUUACAGAAAAGCGACAAUUGAAAAGCGAUAAUUUUCACAUGUGAGAUUAUCAUGAACAAUCUCACAUGUGAGAUUAUCACUUUUAUCAGUGCUCGAAAUCUCUAUAAAGCACGAAAUACUUUAUAUAAUAAUAACUAAUAAUUGUUAAUGACUAAACACGGCGCAGUUUAAUGAAGCACUACGAAUUUCUGCCACUGGCAUUUAAAAAGAGCCAUCAACAAAAUAUUUCUGUUAUUGUGGAUUGUACUACUUUUGUUUCUUAGGUUGUUGUCGUACCAGACUCCACAACCGCGCAAAAAGUACCAGCUAUUGAUGGCCUACUAGAAUACCGCAAGGACAAGCAAGAACUUUAUGUAAGAUCAAAUAAAACAUGGAAUGCUGUAGCACAAAAGAACGAGGUAUAUAGGUCGAUUUUGUGUACUUUAAUAAGUUAUUAUAAAGUAGAAUUGGGGAUUUGAACGGGCUUAUACUGCUUUGGUGGCGCAGUCGUCAGAGCAAGCGCCUUUUGAAUUGUGGGUUCGAUUCUUGCUAUGGACUUGUGUGCGGACCAGUGAACUCUAAGAGAACUGGAACGAUAACUUGGCCCCCAUCUUUGAAGCCACUCAUGAUGGCCGCCAUGUAGGUAUGGAGUGGAAAAUACGCCGCCUAAAAGAUGUCUGUUUUCGACCACAAACUAGCUGUAUUUCAACAAGGAAAAAAGCUAAAAACUUUCAACAAUACCUGAAAUUUAAUACAAAACAUGUUUCCAGAACGUAGAGCAGUUAUAAAGUUGUUUUUGUAGGAGUCAAAGUGCGAAGUUUUUUUCGGCACGUUCAAACUUCUGUAAUAUUUUGAAUAUCAAGCUGUUACCCAGGAAGUUUUUGCUGUUAGUGGAUGUAAAAUACUUAGAACUAUCCAGGAAACCAGGUUUGAAUCUUUAAAGUUGAAGACUUUCGAUAAAAAAGUGCUUUUUCUUGCUGGUUUUCGCUCAAAAACAAACUUUUGACUGAAUUUCCCGCUCCUCGAAACUCUCCCCAGUCUUUUUGAAAGUUAAUUUAUUGCUCGCUGAGCUUGCGAGAAGCGCCAUCUUGGCUUCGGGCAAGUAUGGGCAUGUUUACCUGCAGUUAGCGUUCCAGUGUUAUUACAGUUCACUGGUGCGGACUCACAUGAAAAGAGUCUGUCAGCGCUCUGCCGAACGUCGUGGGUUCUCUCCGGUUUCCUCCCACAGGGCUGAAGUUGACAGGAUGGGUCAGAAUAAACACAGUUAGGAAAGUAAUGUCUCAAUUGUUGUAAAGAUAAAAAAAGUCUAGGCUAAGUAAGUAACAUGGGCGUAAUACUUGAUGUAAUCGGUCACUGAAAAGCCCCAAUGAGGAGUGAGCUGAAUAAUACUGUAAUGCUAUAUAUAUAUAUAAUACUCGAUUACAAUAUUAGUUUAAUUUAUUAAGAAAUUCAAAGAAGUGAAUGUUUGAUCAAUAUCUCUAACUGGGAUACAUAUUUUGCCAUGUUUUACAUAAACUCCAAGCUUCGAUUUUCUUGUCUGAAACAAACCAUAUAUUAAAAUAGUUGGUAAAUUACUUAGAUGCAUUUGUUCAUACAUAUAUAUGGAGCAAGUUCUCGAACAACUUUAGUUUCCAAGCACUAUUUUAGCAAAAACUUUUUAGAUUCGUGAAGAUGCAUUAGCAACAGAUUCCAAACUGAAAGAUAUCAACCAAAAAUUCUCAAAACAAAAUAAAAAAGUAAGUCAAAUAAACUUGCAUGAUAGUAUAGAAAAGUAUGGAUAUACGUAUAAAUUUCCCCCGCACAAUUUCGUACUCAGAGUAUGCUCCUUCCGUGCAGGUUAAGCCCGUUCUCCACUAGGCGAAUUUUUUCGCGCGACGCGAAGCGAAAAACAAAUCUUGGCAAUGUGAUUGGUCAGCGAAAAAGUUCGCCGCGAAAAAGUUAGAUCAGUUCCUACUUUUUUACUGUUCGCGCGAACAAAUUUGCCUAGUGGAGAACGGGCUUUAUAGGUACAUUGUGUGCAUGCCCGCAUGUCUUUUCAAUCCGACGUAAAAUACAUGUAUAGCAGCCCGGUAUAUUCUAGGGUUAUUGCUGGGAUCUGGGCGGUCAGCUGUUACGCCUCAGCUCACCACCAAGAAAAAUUUGAGAUCUAGAAAUAUACAAACUAAAAUAUGAUAAUUAUUUUUUAACAUGAAGUAAAUUAUCCCUGGCACUUCUGUUCCAGCAUGUGAAACUAUACUUGCCAAUAGCAAUGAUGACAAUAGCUUGCGAAAAUUGACCUGUCUUUGUAGAAUUCACCAUCUACCAAAGCUCGCAAUUUCCUUGUUCCUUUUUUAUUUCCUCAUCUAUUCCGAUUUCAAAUUCCCCGCGUUCCCUCGUCUCCAGCAUGUCAUAGGGACCCUGGAACCCGUAUAAGUUUUUUUUGGAAAGACAUUGCUAAUAUUAUUUUCUCUUUUCGAUUACUAUUUCCUGCAAAGAUAAUUGAUUAAUUUAAUAUAGCCCUGAAACAUAAGUUUUAGUAUAGGUUUAAUAACCCAAAUGGCAAGCUUUUCAUAAUUACAGGAAUGAUUUCGAUUCAUGUUGGUUUUGUUUGGAUUUGAAAAUAUUGAUUAUUGUUGCAAAAGAUAGAGAUUUAAUUUGACAAUUGCAUGAUGGUUGUAUUUUAAUAUUUUGAUCUGUAAUUGAUUUUUAAACACAAUGUUGAUUACCAAAAUUAACAUGAUCCAAACAAAAACAUACUUUCUAAUAAACUCUUUAUUUGAACCCAAAAUAUCUAGAAUCUUCAAAAGGCAUUAGAAGUAGAUUCCAAGCUGAACGAUAUCGAUCAAAAACUCUCAAAACAAAAUCAAACAGUAAGUUUUAUAGGCUUGAUAGCGUAUAGAAACAGCACACGUACAUAUGAUAUACAUGCAUUGCCCGCACAAUUUCGUACCCAGGGUUUGUCCGUUUCCAGGAUAAAGGUCAUGCAUGGGGAUGCCAACAUAUACCUCUAUCCCACAAACAGGCACAUGUGGGUACGAAAUAAUUGGUCCUAUAUAAAGAAGCUUGAAAAAAAAAAUUCUAAAUCAUGAUACUGAAUGCUCUUGAUAGUUGGUAGAAAUUUUAACUUUCCAUCCGAGGCGACAUAUAAUAACUACCAAGUGUAUUCUGGGGUUAUUGUUGCAUGCAGGGAUCUGGGCGGAAAGCCGUUGGAACCUCAGUUAUAAUCAUCACCAGGAAAAAUUUCAAAUCUAGAAAUAUAAAUUUCAGAUCUAGAAAUAAUAGUUAUUUUUGAAGUAAAUUAUUUAUCAUCCCAGUACUCCCACUUCUGCAAAACUACUUACCAAACUACUUGUUCUGUCUUUGUAGAAUUGUAGAAUUUAUCAUGUUCCGUUUUUUGGCUCUUCCCAAAGUUUACAGUUUCGGCUUUGUUCCCCAUGAUUCUUUUAUUUUGCUCCCAUGUCGGAUUUCAAAAUUCCACGCGUACUCUCGUUUCUUGCAAUAACUACAAUCAUGCAUGGGGAAAAUUCUGUGGCUACUUUGCUGUAAACUAAAGUAUUACUGUUCCUAUAUACACAUAUAUUGGCAUCUUUGUAUGCUUUCAUGCAUACAUCAAAUUGUUGAUUUCAACAUCGUGUUUCACAAAGCUUUAAGCUAACCGAUUUAUAUAAGCUUUCAGUAUUGACGGGGUAGGGGGAGGUUGAAAAUUGCUGUUUUUGUAAGGAUGUGAUUUGGCAUGAAUGGCACGUAUUUUUACUUACGCGCUGUCCACAAUAAUUUUUGUCAAGAUUGUAGAAACUCCUGCAUGGGAGACCUUAUAGACUGUGGCAAAGACAUCGCCACAAUUUCAUUUUGUCUUCAGUUAUCGCGCUUGCAAAGCUAAUUAGUAAAUGUGAACAAGACCAUCAUAAUUAAUUUUGGAUCAUCAUGGAAUUAUCAUCGGAUCAUCAUGUCGAUUAUCAUGUCAGAAUUAUCAUCGGAUCAUCAUGUGGAUCAUUAUGUCGGAAUUAUCAUCGGAUCAUCAUGUAGAUCAUCAUGUCGGAAUUAUCGUCGUUUGUACAGUAUAGGGUGGCGAUUAAAUAGUGCUCUUAUAUUUCAGAUUGAUCUAAAACUUGUGGAAUUUGAAAAAAACAUUUUCAAGUUUAUGAACUUUCAAAGUGAGUAUUGUUAUAUCUUCAACCUUAAUUCUGGUCUAUAAACUGCAAGGAAUAUAGCAUAGACUAUAAAUCGACUCGAGUUGUGCUUUCUGUAUAUCUCAAGUUAUCCUAAUUUAUAUUGAACAUUUACAGACCGGCGAGAAUGCAGCAGUUAUAAAUGGCUUAAUAACAAAGAUCGAAACAUAAAGUACAGAAGUGGCAGCAGUUCGUUGUUGUGUGACAGCGGUAUUUCAUCUGGAUGGUACAGAUUUGGUGGUAGUGCUGGAACUCAGUUGUCUACUACUUGUGUUCCGAGAAAAUAUGACUUAAACAAUUUAAAAUGUCGUACUCAUGGUGUUUCAUGGUUGAAAGGCGCUCAUCCAUCCGUGAGUGAUGGAAAAGUCACACGCACGGUGUGCUUCAGUUGGGACAAUAAUUGUUGUAGUAAUAAAAAAAAUAUCGAAGUGAUCAACUGUGGAUUCUUUUAUAUCUACAAACUGGUCUCUCCACCUGGUUGCUCUUACAGAUACUGCGGGACUGACGUGUGA